AUGUGUCCUAACAAACUGCUCUGUUGUUUCUGUGUCUGCAGAUACACAAAGCUGAAAACUGCCACCAAUAUCUACAUCUUCAAUUUGGCACUGGCAGAUGCUCUGGCCACUAGUACACUUCCAUUCCAGAGCGCCAAGUAUCUUAUGAACACCUGGCCUUUUGGUGAGCUUCUAUGUAAAAUCAUCAUAGCUAUUGACUACUAUAACAUGUUUACCAGUAUCUUCACCCUCACUAUGAUGAGUGUGGACCGUUACAUUGCCGUGUGCCACCCUGUGAGAGCGCUGGAGUUUCGUACCCCCAUCAACGCUAAAAUCAUCAAUGUGUGCAUCUGGAUUCUUUCCUCUGCUGUUGGAGUGCCAAUCAUGAUAAUGGCAGUUACCAGAGUGACAAACCAAGGUGCAACUGUCUGCAUGCUGAAGUUCCCUGAUCCAGACUGGUACUGGGACACAGUGACAAAGAUUUGUGUAUUUAUCUUUGCAUUUGUGGUACCAGUGCUAGUCAUCACGAUCUGCUAUGGUCUGAUGAUCCUACGUUUGAGAAGUGUCCGUCUUCUCUCAGGCUCUAAGGAGAAGGACAGAAGCAUGCGUAGAAUCACUCGAAUGGUCUUGGUAGUGGUGGCUGCCUUCAUUAUCUGCUGGACACCUAUCCACAUCUUCAUCAUUGUCAAAACACUUGUAGACGUCAACCAGAAGAGCCCCUUUGUGAUUGCCAGUUGGCACCUGUGUAUCGCACUCGGCUAUACCAACAGCAGCCUCAAUCCUGUCCUCUACGCUUUCCUGGAUGAGAAUUUCAAGAGAUGCUUCCGAGAUUUCUGCCCACCCUUCCGAACCAGAGCUGACCAGAAUAGCCUUAACCGAGUGAGGAAUGCCACAAGGGAGCCAGUGUCAGUUUGUGCACCUUCGGAGACAGGAAAGAAGCCAGUAUGACUAGGCCUGGAGAGGAUCCCACGGGGGUCCCAAUCCAGAAGAGUUCAGCAGGACCUGCAAUCUGAGGUCACUCAAAUCUCCACUACUGAAUUCUAGUAAAAGAAUGGAAGAGCCACUUCUUAUAUUUUGCAAAGCAUUCAGCUCCACCGUACUCAAUACUGUCUCAAGUUUUGCAUAUUCAGAAGAUAACCAGAGAAACUGAGUUUUCAGCUC